CAACCUGUGAGGUUACGUUAAAGCAUUUUAAAGUAUCAUAGUUUUUGUUAUUUAUUAUGUAGUACUUUAUGUGAAUAAAACUUACUUACCAGUGCCUCAAGACUAUGAAUAAUUUUCAAGAAAGCCCGGUAAAACUAUACAUUCAAGAUAUAUUCCGCGCCAAAGUUACCGAAAACAAAUACAUCUACGAAUUGUUUGGAAUGACAUUCAAGAAUGUAAUGAUACACGGUGUAAUUACAGCUGUAUACAAUACAAAUAACAACACCACCAACGUUGAGCUCUCCGACGCUACGGGAUCUGUACAAAUUUAUUAUGAUAGCACAAAAAGUAAUAUAAAUACAUCACCGGCUAUUUUGAAAGAUUUAUAUUAUGGUUUUUCUGAAGCGACGAGAGCAGGCAAUGAUAACGUUAAUAUUAUGUCUGCUUUGUUGGACCGUAUUGGGAAAAAAGCUAUAAAUUUUGCUGAAGGAGAUUAUUUAAGUGUCACAGGAGAUAUUUUUCUAGAUGAUAGGAAAACAAGAAUGGUGUCUGCAUAUGAAUGUGUUUCUACUUCCGUGGGACGAGACAUUAUCUGGAUGGAAGAACUUCGAUAUAUUUAUGAAAAGUUUUAUUUGUGGAAUAAGUAAUUAAGUUUCAAUUAUGUAAACCAAUAAAGUUACUGGCUACUGUUAAA